AUGCUCCCAUUCCCUAAUCCAAACCCUAACCCUAAUGCUCAUACUCUCAGCAUCCCUUUCACUAGCACUGACCUAAUCGAAAUCGACCCUUUUCCUUCAAUAAGCAACUCAUCGUUCGUGGCUAUCUCUCCCUGCAUUGAUAUCCUCCCAUUUGAUGCUAUAGAAACCACCACGGUUCCCCAAUUAGAUCCUCUACUUGUUGUAGCCAAUUAUACCAGCCCUCCAUUGAUGAUGAGGAGGAGACCUGCAGACAAGGUAAGAGGGCCAAGAAAAGAUAGGCAUAGCAAGAUAGUGACAGCCAAAGGACCCAGAGAUCGCCGGAUUCGGCUUUCGCGUGAGGUGGCACGCAACUUCUUUGAUCUACAGGAGAUGCUUGGCUUCGAGCAUGGCAGCAAAACUGUCCAGUGGCUGCUCACUAUGUCCAAGCAUGCCAUCCAAGAGCUGAACACUACUACUUCUCCGUUUAUCAUCCGCAAAAAUGAUUGCAAAGGUAAGGCGAUCGCCACCACUUUAUCAUACCCUUCCGAAAGCAUUGAGGAGGAGCAGCGGCAAGUUGCCAUUGAGGCUGCCAGGGUGAUUUAUAAUAAUAAUAACAACGAGCACAGUGAUAACAAUCAUAUCGAUACAUCCAAUUAUGAGAUGCUGAUUUCAAAGGAAUCAAGGGCCCAAGCCAGGGAAAGAGCAAGGAACACGACAACGCAGAAGAAACUAUCAAAAGGCUGUGUACCUUCAUCAAAUAUUGCUCCGACUAUUGGCGCCGCUAAGGUUGACUUACACCUGACUGAAUUAAGAGAUCAAGAAGGAAGUUCUGCUCAGUGCAGCGUCCACUUAGGGUUUACAGCUGAAGAAGGUCGUUACUUUGGCAUGGUUCCAAUUUAUGACUGCUGGACGGGAGAAAACAAUAGCAUGGAAGACAUAAGUUUUCAAGAACAAGACAUUUGGAGACUUCUAGUAAACGAUAUCUGA